CUUAUCCUCACGGAAAGCACGACAUCGGACCAAUAUUUGUGUGAAAGAGACAAAUUUUCAUUCAUUCAAGCUUCCAUUCACGAACCCUCAACUUUCCCAGAUUUUCCUUGGUUCUCACAGCACCAAUUUUUGUGGGAACAAACAAAACAAUAAAAAUAAAAUAAAAAAAUUCAACUUUUGAAAAAAGUGGUUUGCAGCAUCACCCUUUAUUAUUUAUCAACGAGCACCAUUCGUGCCUAGUUGAAAAACUUCUUCUCCCACUAUGGGUUGCGGGUCUUCCCUUCCAGAUAGGGAUUUAAGGCAGUUAGGUCGAGCCAAUCCAGAGAACGGUGGAGGGCAGGACGCCAAGAAUCUACGUGUUAAGCUUGUUCUCUUAGGUGAUUCUGGUGUUGGUAAAAGCUGUAUUGUUCUGCGAUUUGUUCGUGGUCAGUUUGAUCCAACAUCCAAGGUAACUGUUGGAGCGUCUUUUUUGUCGCAAACAAUAGCUCUGCAAGACUCUACGACUGUCAAGUUUGAAAUAUGGGAUACUGCUGGUCAAGAGAGGUACACUGCAUUGGCACCACUAUACUAUCGUGGUGCAGCUGUUGCAGUUAUUGUCUAUGAUAUAACAAGCCCAGAAUCUUUCGGCAAGGCACAGUACUGGGUUAAGGAGCUGCAAAAACAUGGAAGCCCUGAUAUAGUAAUGGCAUUGGUUGGUAAUAAAGCUGAUCUUCAUGAGAAGCGGGAAGUGGCUGUUCAGGAUGGCAUUGACUAUGCAGAGAAGAAUGGGAUGUUUUUUAUAGAGACAUCUGCAAAGACAGCAGAUAAUAUAAAUGAACUUUUUGAGGACAUCGUUGACUAUGCUUCUAGCAAGCUUCCACAUGAUGUUCUUGCUGCCUGAAGAUAGUUGUAGCAAACUCAUAUAGACCUAGUGGAGGAGCUAAAGAUGAUCUUGGGAUAGGAAUCCCAUUCUACAAAUUCCAAGAUUGAAUCUUUUCCAACAAAGGUAAUAUCUUGGUCUUGGAAUACAUCAAGAUGUAGCCCAGAUAAAGCAAAUUAGAAUGGCCUGGAUCACAUUUUAAGGCUAUGCAAGAUUGCUACUUGUAGAGAAGUUAAACAAGCAUGCUAAAAAGCACCAACUGCUAGGUAGCCUCCGACAUCCGAAAAAGACUGAAGCCUCUCAAGAAUUAUAACCACUGGAUGCCUGCUGAAUGUACAGAGUGUAGUUUGCAACCAAACAUGAUAUGAAAAUAACAUCACUCUAUUAUUCAGAAAUUAUGAUAGACGUUAUUCCAAAGUGCCUGCUUUUUCUGACCUUAAUCCUUGAAAAUUUUGUUGAGAGGGACCUCAGGAUUGGAUUGCUGCCUCUACUCAGGCUAUAUGACAUUAGUUAAUUACCGCAUCGACGCAACUCAAGAAAUGCUGAUUUGACAACUUUAAUGAUGUAGCCUACAAGGGGAAGUUCUAUAUCAACGAAACCUUGACUGUUGGUCUGAUUUCAGUCUGGAGUUCUGACUAAGAUCUUUAACUAGUUUUUCAUUUCUCUUCUUUUCUUCCUUCCUUUUUUGGUUUAAAAGGAGGGCUAAGAUGUUUUAUUGAGAAAGGUAACAGUCUGCUAAAAUGCAAGCAAAGUGGCAUGGCUCAGAUUCUAUCCUGGGAGUUUCUUAAUAGACUAGGCACUACUUAAGCUACAGCUCCUGGCUCGAGUCAUUUCCCCUUCCUUUGUGUUCCCUUGUUAUUGUGCUGUGUAGCUUAAAUUGUAAUUCAUGUCAACAUGCUUUGAUUUGACAAUAAAAUUGUGUACGUACACCUUGCAAAAUUCUAAAUUCAUGUUGGGUUGUUUUAAGUCUUA